GGAAGAUGAAAGUGGAAGUAGCCAGCACGCACAAGAGUCUUCUGGGCGAAGGGCCGCACUGGGACGAGCGCAGCUCGACGCUGCUCAUGGUCGACUGCCUCGGGCAGGAGGUGGUACGCUACGACCCCGCCCGUGGCACGGAGACGCAGAUCAUCCGCACGGAAGGUGACCUGGGCAACGUCAUCCCUUUCGCGGAUGACAACCGCCAGGUGGCGCUUUGCAUGGAGCAGGGCCUGUACCGGCUCGACCUAGACACGCACCAGAAGGAGCUACUGGUCGAGAUGCUCGACCCCGAGUCCCCGGUGAAGUCCAGGCUCAACGACGGCAAGUGCGACGCCCUGGGGCGCCUCUGGACUGGGUCGAUGCCCUCCACAGGAGUGCAGAACCUGAUACCAGAGAAGAACAACUUCUGGUGUUACUCGAAGGGAAAGCUGAAGCACAAGUUGGACGGGGUGACCAUCUCCAAUGGAAUCACGUGGACGACAGACAACACGGUCAUGUUCUACGAUGACUCAGUGCCCGGACAGAUCUACGCCUUCGAUUUCGACCUCGCCGAGGGGGAGAUAAGAAACCGGCGAUUGCUUGCCGACUUCAGCACGACGCCCGGCUACGAAGGGCUGGGCCUCCCGGACGGCAUGACCAUGGACCUGAACAACAAGAUCUGGGUUGCGUGCUUCGAAGGCAGCGCGGUGUUGCAGAUUGACCCCGAGACCGCCAAGAUCCUGACCAAGAUAAGCUUUCCGGCGAAGUACACCUCAUCGUGCUGCUUCGGAGGCAAGAACUACGACGUCCUCUACGUCACAACAGGCAGUUUUCGCCCAGACGCUACUAGGCCCGAGGACGGCCUACUCUAUAGGGUCACCGAGCUGGGAGCAAAGGGCAAGCCAGCUUACGAGUUUGCCGGUUAGACCCUAGUCGUGCUAGGCGUGUCGAUAGACACCAUUGCUAUGCUGAAGUGACCGGAAAGCGGUAUGACAUAUUGGGCAUAUGAAGCGAACUGGGGCGUUGUGUACCGAAAU